GCUGUCCGCGUUCUCUCUUCCCGGUGUGACCAAGCCGCAGUGGCCACCGGCAAGGAGUGGUCCCCCUUCCCCGAGCGCAGAGAGACGAGGAAGAGACCUGGGAGCGGCCGGCGGCCAGGCUGGGCCGCUCUGGUGCGGGUUGGCGACUCUGCUGCUACGCUUGCUGCUGUCUCUGGGAACCGGGUGCCAGCACUGAGGAGCCUUCAGUGGACAGCGACCCCCUUCCCCGGCUCCCCUGCCCGCCCUACCAGGGAGGGCGGAAGAUGCCGGUGAAGAAGAAGAGAAAAUCCUCUGGGGUGGCAGCGGCAGUGGCGGAAGACGGAGGCCUCAAAAAGUGUAAAAUCUCCAGCUAUUGCAGAUCCCAACCCUCUGCUAGACUAAUAAGUGGAGAGGAACAUUUUUCAAGCAAGAAGUGCCUGGCUUGGUUUUAUGAGUAUGCAGGUCCUGAUGAAGUUGUAGGGCCAGAAGGAAUGGAAAAAUUUUGUGAAGACAUUGGUGUUGAACCUGAAAAUAUUAUUAUGUUAGUUUUAGCGUGGAAAUUGGAGGCUGAAAGCAUGGGAUUUUUUACCAAGGAAGAAUGGUUAAAAGGGAUGACUUCAUUACAGUGUGACUGCACAGAAAAGUUACAGAACAAAUUUGACUUUCUGCGCUCACAGUUGAAUGAUAUUUCUUCAUUUAAGAAUAUCUACAGAUAUGCCUUUGAUUUUGCAAGGGAUAAAGAUCAGAGAAGCCUUGAUAUUGAUACUGCUAAAUCUAUGUUAGCUCUUCUGCUUGGGAGGACAUGGCCACUGUUUUCAGUAUUUUACCAGUACCUAGAGCAAUCAAAGUAUCGUGUUAUGAACAAAGAUCAAUGGUACAAUGUAUUAGAAUUCAGCAGAACAGUCCAUGCUGAUCUUAGUAACUAUGAUGAAGAUGGUGCUUGGCCUGUUCUUCUUGAUGAAUUUGUGGAAUGGCAAAAGGUCCGUCAAACAUCCUAGCAAGAACUAUUGUGAAGAAAAUGCAAACCUUUUGAUUCCUACAUGUAUACAAGCUAAUGAGAUGAGGGGAAAAAAAAUUCCAAAGGAUGCAUUUUUAUUCAUAUGAAAGACUUCUCAUAGUACUUUUUUUUCCUUUUUUUUUAAAGGAAGUUUUCUUGUUACAUGUGAUGGGCCUUGAGCCACACCUCUUCUGAGACUGAAUAUUGAAGUUUUUGUUUUGAGUUAUGUUUAUAACUUUUAUUUCAGAACAAUAAAGAUUCAGAUUUGUGACAAAGGCCUUAAGUGAAGAUGUCCCUUGAGUGUCAGAGUGGUAUUUAUUUUUGUAAAUUUUAAUUUUUGAAUUUCCGAGGUUCUGUUCAUCAUGAAUUUGUGGAAUUUUAAAGAUUUUAAACAAUCUUAAUAUUUGGCGAUGUGGUCUGAUGAUGGUAUGGCUUAUUGUAUUCAUCUCUGCUUAAUUAGGAAGGACACUUCUUGGCCUUGACUUCUGGCAUAAUGAUUUUCUGAUGCAACUGAUAUAUUUUUGAGUACUGGAAGUGCUCUAACUUUCAGCUCUGGUUUUCUGUGAAAGCUGCCAAGGUCUUAUGCACAUAGUUUAUCUGAAAAGUUUAGAAUUGGAAAGAUGAUGUCCAGUUACUUUGUUUUCUAACGAUUAACUAGCAUUGUCGAUAAGCAUAAAUCAGCAUUGCAUGUAUAUUCUUAAUGUGAAUUUUAAGUUUUCUGUAUUCCAUCAGUUAAAAAAUUCCAUUUAUAUUUGAAAGAGCAAGGUUCAUAUAUUAAUCGUCUCAGAAUCAGACAAGUCACAGCCUUAUGAGAGAAUUAAGACCAGUUUUGAAGUUGUAUCAUCAUCAUUGUUAUCAGUGGUAUAUGUAGAUCCCUUUAACUCAUUUUGUGAUAUAGGGAGUUUGUCAAGGCUCUGCCCCCUUCUUUUUAUCUUAAAAGAACCUUAGCUCUGAUGUAGAUUUAGUUACGAUAUAUAGGAAAAGAAAGUAAUACAAUAAGGAAUCAUGAAAGAAUUCUGGACAUAAUUGCACACAAAUCAAGGGUGCCAUUUACAAUAGCACAAUCACAGUAUUGCUAAUUAUCACAAUUUUCUGACUGUUGGCAAUAAAGUAUCUUGAGAAAAGGACAGGCUUUUCUAAUUCACAUAAAAGGCGUUUUUUGGACUAGCAGCAGGGCUGUUUGUACAUUCCUUUUCAAACCAUCCAAUAUCCCAGAGAUAUGAAAACUUUGUUCACAUUAACAGUCAAGUCACAACCUCAGUAACAUUCCUAGUUUCGUUGUAUGAGUUGGAGAGAAGUAAAUAGAAUAUUUUUUCAUAAUGAGGACUUUUCUAUUGGGAUUUGAGGUAAAUGUUGAUUUUUGAUGGUGAAUUUAUUUAAUGAUUGAUUUUCAGUAUUGAUUACUUAAGUGAGAAUAGCAUUUUAAAGAUUUUUAUGGUUUAACAUCAUAGAUGAUAUUUUAAUACCAAGUUUAUUAUAAGUAAAACAUUUAGAUUUUUAGACAUUUGAAUCUCUAUAAUUUGACUCUCCUCUCCAAGGUGGUAUUUUUAAACUUGAAGCAUAUUGCCCAUUUUUGAUUAAUUCCAAAACAUGUAAUUUAGGUGAAAUCUUACAGGUUGCCAUUUUGUAGCCUGAAUAAAUAAUGGUAAUGGUUUUGUGAUCUUCACUAAUUGAGUAAAACAAGAAACACUCAAAACUUAUAGAUGACCUUUAAAAAAAUAAAAUACGUGAAACUAUUUACUUGGCUUACUUAUCCAAAGAUACCUUUAAGACUUUUUGAAUCUGAAAACUGAAAUGAAACUCUCUUCCCUUGAGAGCCCAACCCCACUCAGGCCAUGCUUGCUUUACUCUCCUGCUCCUCCUAAUUCUCUUACCUCCUGGAAGUCAUAAGAUUCACAUACUUUGGAGGCAAAUUUACUCAUUUGUCAGUCAGAAUGUGGCCUUGUCCCUUCUUCUCUUGCCUAAUUUAUAUUUGAACAGCAUUUAAUUUAUUGGGAAACUUAGGAUCAAGAGGUUAAAUGAUAUAAGCAAAGAGGACAGUAUUAUGGAACCUGCAGUAUAAAGAAGUCUCCUAACUGUUGUGGAUCUUCUUUUAAUUAGUUAGCUUUAAGUGCCUUCCCAGGAAUCCUGUUGUAAAAUUUUCAGAAUUAUUUCCUUUGUAUAGGAUGAAAUACUCAAUGGUGCUUUAAUAAUUGGAAACGACUUGCUUCUUAUAGAAUAGCAUACAAAUGUAAUACUACUGGAAGAAAAUGGAGCCAGGUGUCAUUUCAACUGUGAGAGGAUGGAGAGGCUGGACGUCCCCCCACCCCUCGGAGCCAGUAAUCUUUAACAAGGUCUGGUAUGCUUAGGUAAUUGCCAGGAAUUCAGGUUAACAUAGUCUUAUCUGAAUUGGAGAUAAAAACUGGUGUCUAUGCUGAUCUUUCUGUGUUACAGUAUUUAUCUUUUAUUGUCUAAUGAUCUUUUUCAAAUGCUGCUGGUAAAAUUCUUGACAUAAAACAUUUUGACAGUAAUAGUAUUUUUAUGUAUAACGUAUAGGUUUUGUUGAUUUGGGUUUUACUCUGUUUAAAAUACUCUGGAUUAGUGUUUCUUAAACUGGAGUUUGAGGGCCUUCUAUGGGGAUGUUAGAUUAACCCGAGAGUAUUUCUUUGAAAUACAAAUGCCUUUUCAUCUAGUGAACCAAAAAUUUAUCUUAAACCAUAUUUGUCACUACUUUUUGCAGGGAGGGGAGGAGGAGAGUAGAAUUUUAAGAUAAUUAGAGUUCUUAAGGCAUACAAGUUUUGUAGCAUAGCUUAGAUUCAGAACAUGAAGCAUAUUAGCAAUGAAACAUCCAAUUUGAACUAAGUAUUUCUUCAACAGAACAUGUUCUUUCUGCCUAAUUGUUAAUGUGAAAUUAUGAAAGGACUUACUGAAAUUUAUUGUGUGCUCAGCUUGAGAAGCAAACAGUAAGAAUGUUGACUUAAUUUGUUUUACCUAUCUCUUAUAGAAGUGUACUUAAAACUGUUGUGAUAACAAUUCGAAGUCUGAUAAAAUUUUGUUGGGGCUUUUAAGGCUCCAAUAGGCUAAAGUUUUGUAGUACAUCUUUCAUAUGCUUACCAAGUGUCUAAAGCAUCAUAUAAACUGGGGACAUUUUAAUACAUAAUUUAAAUGUAUUUCUUUGUUAGACUAAGAAAAGGCAAAAUUAUCUCUUAAUCUUAUUCCUAAAAAAGAAUCCUUAUUCUUAAAGAGACUUCUACCUUCUUGAGGAAGUAUUACUUCUUGAGUGAUACUAGAAAUCAUUACAAGGAAACAUUUUCAGGAAGCGUUCGUUUUUCUCUUCAGGAGAGGAGAAAUAACAGCAAAAUCUCAUUGAUUUCCUCACUAGGAAAGGGUAGUCUGAAUUAUUAAAUAUUCUGGAUCAUAGAAUUUUUUAAUGAAUGUAGUUUUAUUACUGUACUUCCAUAACUGGUAACAACCAGACAAAAAUUUUGCUUAAGACUUGGUCUCUUUUGUUAACAAGACCUAGUUUCCUAUGAGUAGUACUGUGAAAGCCCUAAAAGCAGUCUAAUUUAUGGUAAAUUUAUAUAGAUUAGAGAUUGUGGAAAAAUGAAUUUCUACUCCAAGCCUUAGGUGAAUUAUCACUAAUUCACUCUUUAAUUGUAUAGAUUGUUCUAGUGAACUUUUUCUUCACUGAAACAAACUUUAGAUCUUUUAAAGCACAAUUUAUUUACGUUUUCCCAAACACCAAUCUUAAUAAAAAGAUCAUAAAUUUGCUAUAUCCACCUUACAAUCUUUUGUAGCCUAUACAGAUAGUGCUUCCCUUUGCUCCUUUCCUAGACCAGCUGUUAUUAGUUUGACCAUUUAUUUUUUUAAUUUUGUGCGCUUGUCUGUAAUUUAUUAGAACCUUUUAUAAUAUGGCUCAUUUUUGCAUGGAUUCUGACUUACCAUGUGUUAAAUGUUCUUUAAAAUAUUAAUAUAUCCAAUAAUAAGGUUAGACUUUAAUGUGAGUAUGGGAUCUUGUCUUACCAUGCCAAUAUUAUUGGAGCUUUGUUGUAUUUAUUUUAUGGAUCUAUGGUCCAUAAGUGGGCGAGUUAUAGUAAAAUAGUUUUAUUAAAAAUUUCUUAGUUUUUCCCUAAAUUGUAUCAUUUAAAAGAAGUUUUAUCUUUCUGCAUUUUGGCUUUCUCAGCUUUAAAGUAUUAAUGAAAGUUGUUAUACAUACUUUAUGGAUUGUUUUAAGUAUUACGAUAAAAUUGUGGAUAUUAUGAAAUAUUAAAAUAAUGGUACUUAUAAUUAUUUUUAAAAGCUAACAAAAAUAAGCCAAAUGGAUAUGUACAAAGCCAGAUUGAUUUACCCCAAACUCGUGUGUGUGUGUGUGUGUGUGUGUGUGUGUGUGUGUGUGUGUAAAUUGAGUGUUACUAUUAUCCCUAACUUAUUUUUCUAUGUGGAAAAUAGAUUGUGGAUAAAAGCCUUUUACAUUUUUGAAGGUGAAAAGAAAAUUUGCUUUCAUAUGAUUGCUACCAAAUGCAUUUGAACCAUGAGAGAUGAAAGACUAUUUAAUACUUAUUUGAACAACUUUUGAUUUGAGACAGUAUUAUUAAUUUAUUAAAUUUAGCAAAAUUAAUUUUUGUGAAUAUUGAAUUAAGUGGAAUUAGUUUACCUCGAGUACUUUACCUAUAUUAUCCUAUCAUGCAAAUGAAAUGGCUUAUAGCAAAUUCAUACAGUUAUUUUUAUCUACAAAUGUAGAAACCUUACCUGUUUUGGAUAUAUAUCAUUUCCUGAAAUUACUUUGAAUAUUGAAAGAGAGAGUUUAUAGAAGUAUUUCAGAGAAACCUUAGUUGGUUUCCUCUUUGCAACAUCCUUGUUAUGUCACUUUUAGACAUGUCACUUGACCUUUGUCAUCUUCGGUUUCAUCUUCUGUAAAAUAGUGAUAAUAAUACGUACCAGUAUUGUUACAAAAUUCAAACAGGGAUGUAUACACAACACAGUAAAUGUUAAAUGAAUACACCUUGAUAUUUGAAUAAAAAACAAUUAGUUAAAA